GCUGUAGCAAGGAAGUACAGCUGAGUUACACAAUGACAGAAGAUAUCAGCACUAAUACGAUAUUAUAGCUCCAUGCUCCUCCCGAUAGUGCUGUGGGGCUCACGACCACCCUCCCACACCGUCUCUUGUCUCUUUCUGUCACGUGAUGACAAAGUUCUCAUUUCGGGAUCCACCGAGGGGCAGUUGCUGGUGUGUGACGUGUUCCCGGAAGCCCUGAUUCCCCGGAACUUCCUAGUUGGACAUUCUACAGAGGUGGUUGGCAUGGACCAGCUGGUAUCUGGACUCAACAACUUUCAUAUCAUAUCUGCUGCUUCUAACGGGGAGGUAUUUAAAUGGAAUGUGACGGAUGGUUCUUAUAUGUUGAGCACUGUAGUUCAAGGACCCCUCAUCAAACUGCAGACGCUGCCCUCAUCCCAGAACGUGCUAGUCUGUGGGCAGUACGGUGCUAUAACAGUUCUGGAUUACAAUACCCUAGAUAUAAAACAUCACCUGGUACCCAGCGACCCUACCCACUGGGUCCUGUGCUACACUGUAUUCCAGCCUCCUAAAACUAAAGACGAGGAGGUGGUCUGUAUUACGGUUAACGGACAGAUCAAAACCUGGAACCUGCAGUUUGAAGGAAGGGAGAAGAUGAUAUUAGAGUCAGAGACGAAGAUACUGAACUGUCCCCGACCAGUGUGUGUCACUUACAACCCUCGUAGUCUCUACAACUGCCUCAUUGUGUGUCAGAGUAUUUGGAGGAUUUACAGGGCCGGUGACUUUGUGUUGUUAUGUUCUGGAGCCAGUAACCAGGAGGUACCGUGGAGUGGUGGUAAGUUUUACACAGUGGACAAGAUAAUGCUGUGGAGAGAGAACGGAGUGUUGUACGUGUACCAGUUGCCUGCGCGCGCUAUUCGCCCCGUAGAUCACAGUGACGCUUCCUGGAGCGCAGAGCCCCCUACUCUUCUGUACAGUGUACCUACUGGGCCUCUCAUGGAAUGUUUAUUAGUGCACAAGAAAUCUAUGAGAACCCCACACGAUGUACUGAUUAGAGGAGAUAGGGACGGCAGAUUGUCACUAUGGAAACAAGAUAGAGAGAAAGAUAUAGCUAGUGAGGGUUUAGUGGAAUGUAUACAUACCAGUCUAUCAAAGACUUGGAACAAAGACAAUGUUGCUUUAGUCAAUGAGAAGUGUAACAGAUGCGGUGAUGCGGUUGAUAUAACAGCGAGUGUGUAUCUGGAGAGUCUAUCUUACAUCGCUUGUGGGCUAUCCUCUGGUGAUAUAAUUGUAGGACUAGUUCACCACUUCCUUACUCACUCCCUGUUCAAAUGUACUGAAGAUUCAGAGGAGAUAGAUUCGAGAGUGAGGUUAAAGGGGCACAAAGGGAAUGUUAGUGUACUGCUAUAUCCUCAUGCCAGCCAACCUUCUUCUUAUCUUCCUAACAUUCUCUACAGUGGAGGAGCUGAUUUCAGUGUGAAGAUCUGGGAUUGGAAGAAAGUGGUGCUACUUCAGAGUUUUACCACUCACACUGGACCAUUAACCAGACUGUUCUUACCUCCAACACAAGCCACUGGAAAGUUGCGAGGGAGUGUAGUUUCAGUAUGUCAAGAUAACAGUAUCGCAAUAACAACUCACGCUCAGUUCACUCCCUUGUUUGUGGGAUCCUGUCAUCACACUGGAGUACUGGAGAUCAGAUGGCGGCUAACUGAGGACAUCUUACUCGUUCACUGUUUAGAUGACACAGUGUACGUUUGGGGACUGAGUACAGGACACCUGGACAGAAUAGAGACAGGAGCAGUGGCUCUGAGUUUGGUAUCCGCCUGUCAAACCUUCAGUGAAGGCGAGCACUGUAAACUAGAGAUAAAACCCUCCAGUAGCGUAACCAGACACAGCACCGGUCUCAGUGUGGUUCCCUUCAGCUUCUCAUCUGGUGACAACAUGUCUCACCUACUACUCUUUGAUACGGAACUACUCUUACACUUACUAUCUCAACUUCAAGGAGACAUCAUGACUCAUGAGUUUGAGAGGAGCAAGUCCCAGCCUAAUGUAACGGAAAGGCGGCGCGCAUCAGCACGUGCAGAUCAGCGACUAUCAGACAGACGGACCUCGAUAAUCAAACAGACAGAGACGGCCAAGUUACUGGAAGAGAGAAGUGUGAUAUCAGAGAUACCGGUGGAAAACACUGCGGAGAUAAAGAGCAGUUCGGAGGACAUAGAGGACAAAGAGGACGACAAGGAGACACUGGACAUCAUCAAACUAACAUGUUCCCUGCUGUUGUCAUGUCUCCACGCCUGGGGUGUGGACCUGAACAUAGACCGGACCUGUGUCAAGCACCUGGGGCUCCUAGUUCCGGGCAAGGAGUUAUCUUACGGUACUGUGGGGAGCAGCUCUACUUUCAUGUUACUGUUACCUGGCUGGGAACAGAGCAUACAACAACAGAGUCCCAAUACAGUUGAGGCUCCAUUUGGGAGGUGGUGUAUCUCCUCAACUCUAACUACACAACACCUGUUAUCAGUUUCAGCACUUGCUAACAAACAAAUGUCAACUGAUCUCACUCUCUCUUUCAACAGACGCGCUAAAAACAACACUGCUAAAAGAGAACAAGUAUAA